AUGUUAUUUAAAGUGUGUAAAUUAAAAUAUUUUAUUUUAUUAUUUAUAAUAAUAAUAUCACAUGUUAAAUUAGAUUUACCAAUACAUACAUUAACAAAAGAUGUAAUUGGUAUAUGGAAAAUAUAUGAAACAGAAUUAUAUGAUAAAUUUCAAAAUUGUGGUAGUACAUAUCCUAAUAAAAAUAUAGAAAAUUUGAAAAUUGAUAAUUUUAAAGAAUAUUUACAAGAAAUUUAUGGUGAAUUAUAUGUUAAAUUUAUUGAAUUAUCUGAUGAACGAUUUUUUAAUAGAACAUUAUUAUAUCCAAGAAAUACUUGGUCUUAUUUUACUAUUAAAAAUCCAUUAAAUAAUCAAAUUCUAGGCCAUUGGACAUUAGUAUAUGAUGAAGGUGUAAUGAUAGAUAUAAAUGAUAAAAAUUAUUUUGGUUAUUUUAAAUAUAAUAAUAUUAAAAAUAAUGAAUGUAAACAAAUUACACAAAAUAUUGAAGAUGAAUAUGGUAAUAUAAAAUGUUAUGUAACAGAUUCAAAUAGAUUACAAAUAGGUUGGUAUAGUAAAAAAAUUAAUAAUAAUUAUAAAUUUGGUUGUUUUUAUAUGGAAAAAUUAAAAUAUAAUAAUAAUAAAAAUUAUAUUAUUGAUUUAACUUUUAAUACAACACAUAAUGAAUUGGAAUUUUCUACACCUACAGAAUUUUCAACACCUUCACAAUUUUCUCCUAAUUUUCCUCCAACUAAUCCAAAUUCACCAAAUAAUAAAAUUAAUACUCUAAAUUCACUAAUUAAUCCAAUUAAUCCAAUUAGUACUAAUUGGAAGAAUAAUAUAAAUAAUCCAAUUGAUCCAAUUAAUAUGAUUUGGAAGAAUAAAUUGGGAAUUGGAUAUGAAAAUAUAUCACCAUUAAGAUUUAUACAAUUAUGUAAAGGUGUAAAUUAUCAAGUAAUAAAUAAUUUUAAUACUUCCGUUACGGUGACUGGUCCACCAAACAGUUCUAACCGUACCAACGGUACCAGUACUGAGGAUACUACUGGAGCAAGCACCGUUACGGAAGGAAAUUCUACUAUCCAAAUUGCUGCUCCUAAAGUAGGUACUUCAACUACCAAUACCCUGGGAAAGGGAGCUAAUUCUACCCUUAUGGAGUGUACUACUACUAAUAAUACUAUUGAGGAGAAAAAUAUUAAUACUAUUGCUGUUGUAACUAAAACUGGGGAGUCAGGUACUAAUUCUAAUACCCAUACCGAUACCACUGGAAAGGGAGUUAAUGACACUUUUAAUAGUCCGGGAAAGGGAGCUAAUUACACUUUUGAUACUACUGGAAAGGGAGCUAAUUCUACAGCCAUGGAGUGUAUUAGUGAGAAAAAUUUGAAUGAAAUUGCUGUUGUAACUAAAACCAGGGAGUCAAGUAAUAAUUCUAAGGAUGUUACUAAUGAUAUUAAGCAUACUGAGGAUGGUGAGGAAGUUGUUACUAAGGGACCCUUACGGACUGUUGGUACUAAGGCAGUUGGUAUGGUAGGCCCUUCGGGAUCUGUUGGUACUGCUUGUCGUGGACCAGUCACCGUUACGGAAAAAAGUUUCCCAAAUAAUUGGACUUGGGGUGAUCCAUUUAAUGGUCUUGAAGAAGAUAUAUAUACCACAAGUCAAGGAGAAUGUGGUAGUUGUUAUAUAUAUAGUUCAUUAUAUGUAAUAAGUAAAAGAUAUCAAAUAUUAUUUAAAAAAUUAUAUCCAAAUUAUAAUUGGAAAUUAAAACAAUUUCAAUUAUCAAUUAAUGAUAUAUUAACAUCCCCAUAUUCACAAGGUUGUUAUGGUGGUUUCUUAAUGCUUGUUGGUAAACAUAUUAAAGAAUUCGGUAUCCACUCAGAUAACCGAAUUGAACAAAAUAAUCAAAUAGAACAAAUUGAACAAAUUGAACAAAUAGAACAAUUUAAUGAUCAGAAUGAUAAUAAAUGGUAUAUUGAGAAUUAUGGAUAUGUUGGUGGUUGUUAUGAAUGUACAAAUGAAAUAAAUAUGAUGAAUGAAAUAAUAACAAAUGGUCCAAUAGCAGUAGCAAUUUAUUCACCAAUACAAUUAUUUUAUUAUACAAAUGGUAUAUUUAAUAAUAAUUAUAAACAUGGUAUUAUAUGUGAUUUACCAUAUAAUAAUCUUAAUGGAUGGGAAUAUACAAAUCAUGCUAUAAUAAUAGUUGGUUGGGGUAUAGAAAUAAUAAAUGAUGAAGAAAUAAAAUAUUGGAUAUGUAAAAAUACUUGGGGUAAAAAUUGGGGUAUAGAAGGAUAUUUUAAAAUAAAAAAAGGUAUAAAUUUAUGUGGUAUAGAAAGUCAAGCUGUUUAUUUUGAUCCAACAUUAAUAAAAGGUUUAUCAAAAAAAUUAAUACAAAUUUAUAAUAAAAUAAAAUAA